GGGCUGGGCUUGUUGGCCUGAACGGGUCUUGUUAGUUGGUAUUUAUUCAGAAAUAUUUUUCAACUUUUAAAAAGAACAGAAACAAACGCUCUGCUUACUCUUUUUCCCGAGAUCUCUUGAGUCUAUUGUUAUGGAUCCUGAAGCUGCACGAACUGCCCGAGAAUCUCUAGACCUGGCAUUUCACAUGUCAAAUAUUCUUGAUACAGGACUUGAUCGGCAUACCCUCUCAGUCCUCAUUGCCCUCUGUGACUUGGGUCUGAACCCUGAGGCUUUGGCUGCUGUUGUCAAGGAACUCCAAAGAGAACCUUCACCCUCACCCCCACUGCCAACUUCUUCAUCGCAAAUACCUUAGCCAAGUAAAUCCAUUUGCUUGAAGGUUCAAAGGGAUGCUGGCAUCAAAGGUUAUAUGAACAAAUUUCCUGAGAUAUGUAGUUAUUUUGUUACAGCUAAGGGCAUUACGUUGCUGUCUUUUACCCUGUGCCAAAGUGUUACAUUAAUUCUGAUUGAAACUAGUGUUUGGUCUUGAUGUUGAAGGUCAAAGAUGUUAAUUCAAAAUUUAGGUAGAUUUUCUGAUUUUUGACUACUGUUUGAAGAAGUAUAUUUACUUAUCCCCCGAAAAAAGACGUUAGUUGAAAACUUUCACAAU